AAACCACGCCCACUCAGCCCUACUUCUCCUAUGAGUAUUAGCCUUCACAGUCACGUUCCUAUUUUCAUACAACUAUCCCGACCGAACUGCUAAGCUCCCCCGGUCCUAGUCGCUAGAGGAGCCAUCUUUUACUUUGGGCAGCACUCGCACUAAUAUCCCCGCUCCCCACCCCGCUCUAUUCCUUCCAGUGAAUGAAACGCUGUGACGUGUCCAGUUGUGGCAGUGCUGCGCAUGCGCCGGAGUUGUGCCGCCGUCUGGGGCGGGGCGGUCAGCAGUGAGCUUGUACCUGGGUGCUAUGUGAUUCCCCCCCGCCCCCCGGCAGUAUACUGUGCCUGGCCUUGACCUAUGCUGCCCAGUUGUGCCCUGCAGUCGGGUCGGACGUCAGCCUUGGCGUGUCUUUGAGCAUGUCUGCCUCUGCCCCCUGGAGGAUAGCUGCCGGACUCCUGAUAAACCUACUGGCCUCGAUCUGCAUCGUGUUUAUCAAUAAGUGGAUCUAUGUCCAUCAUGGCUUCCCCAACAUGAGCCUCACCCUUGUGCACUUUGUGGUCACCUGGUUUGGGCUGUAUCUGUGCCAGAGAUGUGGGGUCUUUUGCCCUAAAAGCCUUCCUGCCACUAAAGUGCUGCUCCUGGCCUUGAGCUUCUGUGGAUUCGUGGUCUUCACCAACUUGUCCCUUGAGAACAACACUAUAGGCACCUACCAGCUGGCCAAAGUCAUGACCACGCCAGUCAUCAUCCUCAUCCAAACCCUAUGGUAUGGGAAGACGUUCUCCCUUCGGAUCAAGCUUACCUUGGUCCCUAUAACAUUAGGAGUGAUUCUGAACUCUUACUACGAUGUGAAGUUUAAUAUUUUGGGAAUGGUGUUUGCUUCCCUUGGUGUUCUUGUCACAUCUCUUUACCAAGUGUGGGUUGGAGCCAAACAGCAUGAGUUACAGGUCAACUCUAUGCAGCUGCUGUACUACCAAGCACCUUUAUCUUCUGGUAUGCUGCUGUCUGUAAUACCUUUCUUUGAACCUAUUGUUGGUGACGGAGGAAUACUUGGACCAUGGUCAUUUACAGCCCUGGUGAUGGUGCUUCUGUCUGGAGUUAUUGCGUUCACAGUAAACCUGUCCAUCUACUGGAUCAUUGGCAAUACUUCACCUGUCACCUACAAUAUGUUUGGACACUUCAAGUUCUGCAUCACUCUUCUGGGAGGAUACAUCCUGUUUCAGGACGCCCUUUCUCUAAAUCAAGGACUCGGUAUCAUUUGCACAAUGCUUGGAAUCUUGGCUUAUACGCACUUCAAACUCAAUGAACAAGAAGUAACUAAAAGUAAACUGGUUCAGAGACCCUGAUUCUUCCCUUCUCAGACUGCAUUCAAGCCAUUUUUGUAAAUGUAAAACAGUUUUAAAUGCUAUAAGAAUUAUAGAAUAUAUCAUUUUGAGACAAAAGAAGCAUAUAGACCAAUUCGGCAUUAAGUGUAUACUUAGUGUCACAGAAGAUGCAUGUAACCCAUAGACACAAUGGGCAGAUUCAUCAAAACCUGCGCAAAAGAAAAGUGGAUCAGUUGCUCAUAGCAACCAAUUAGAUUGCUUCUUCAUAAAAAAUAAAAAAAAAUCUAAUUGGUUGCUAUGGAGAACUGGUCAACUUUUUUCUUUGCACAGGUUUUGCUAAAUCUCCCUUAAUGUACUUGCACAAGGUCUUAGUUUUGCACAUGGCACGUAUGAAUAUUGUCACAGGAGUAGAUUUAUCAAAACCUGCGCUGGGGAAUAGUGAUGUAGUUGCCGAUAGUAACCAAUCAGAUAUUACAUUUUUCCCAGGCCUUUUUAAAAAUGAAAGAAGCAAUCUGGUUGCCAUGAGCAACUGCACCAUCCCCAACUCUUCCUCUACACAGGUUUUGAUAAAUCUUUAUCCGUAUUUUUAUCCUGAUCAUCAUUUUAUCAGCAGUUUACUAAUGUACAUGAAGGAUUUUUAAGUAUUAAAGAAAUGUUUAAUAUGGUAAGAUGAGAGAGAUGUAUUUAAAAGUUCCUGUUGGCAAACUCAUUGGACUUCCAGGAAAGUAACUUUGAAACCUCUAUGAGUGCAAAUGCAAAGUUUGUAUAAAUGGAUCCUCGGAAUAUUCAGUAUUCAUAUUGAAUAAAUGUGAAGAGCUUUUCAUACACCGGCCUCUAGAGAUUCUUCUUCUACUUGUAAGUCAGUGACUGUAGAUUUCCAUACAAGAAA